CAAUUCAUUUCGCUUCAGUACCAGCUUAAGUAAGAUUGGCUAAUGCUCUGAUUCUCAAGGGAAAUUGCUUGAAUUCUGAUUCUUUGUUGUUUUUCUCAACAGGAAUCAUCAAAAGAACAAAAAUGGUGGUUUUAAGUCCAAUGAUAACCAGUUGCAGGACAACCCCAUUAUUGCCUUAUUCUGCUCGAUUCUCACGUGGUGUUUCGUUUGUGAAAUUCGGUAAUCAAGGAAGAACAAUCAUCAAUGCAAACCCAUCUGUCUCUUUUCCCUUACUCAACCUUAGAUGCUCUGCUUCCGCCGGCGGCGGCGGAGACAUCGCCGGUGGGGGCGGAGGAAGAGGAGGAGGGGGAGGGGGAGGUGAUGAAAACAUCAAUGACGAUGAUACUAAUAAAGGGUCUUUCCUUCAAUGGUAUUUAUCUCUACUUGAGAAACAUCCCAUCUUGACAAAAUCUAUAACUUCUGCAAUUUUAACAUUGAUUGGAGACAUUACUUGUCAGAUUUUCAUCGAUCAAGUUCCAUCUUUAGAUUUGAAGAGAACAUUUGUUUUUACAAUUCUGGGUUUGGUUCUAGUUGGACCAACAUUACAUAUUUGGUAUAUGUAUCUGAAUAGAUUGGUAUCAGUAACAGGAGCUUCAGGUGCUUUGAUUCGUCUUCUAGUUGAUCAAUGUGUGUUUUCUCCAAUUUUUAUUGGAGUUUUUAUGACUUCUCUUAUGAUACUUGAAGGAAGAUCUUCACAGGUUGUUCCAAAGCUUAAACAAGAAUGGGUUUCUUCUCUUAUUGCGAAUUGGCAACUUUGGAUUCCUUUUCAGUUUCUCAACUUCAGAUUUGUUCCUCCACAGUUUCAGGUUCUUUUUGCUAAUGUAGUUGCUUUGGUUUGGAAUGUUAUUCUAUCGUAUAAAGCUCAUAAGGUUAUUAAAUCAUAGGAAUUUUUUAUGUUGGAUUAUGUAAUGAAUCAUAGUAGUGUUGUUUUUUGAGUUUUUGAGAUUCAGCUAUGUAAUGGUAGAUGAAGCUUUUGCUUGAAGGAGGAAGAGAAGAGACAUAUGAGUGAUUUAUGUAGGUAUUCUUUUGGUUUAUUUGAAAUUAAUAUUAGAGUUUAUUUUAAAAAACAAAUGUU